GUUGUCACCAGGAUAUGGUACCAUAGCAAAACACCCUCCACAGAUUUCAGCAGAAACCGCUGCCCUGUGUUUGUCUAUUCUGCAAGUCUAAAGGCGCCUCUUUGCUGAAGUCGAAGAUGCCACCUUCCAGAAAGAGCUCGAGCUCGAGCCUGAAGGCAGCCGCAAAGGGCAAAGCACCCGCCGCGGUGGCGGCGACGCCUGCACCUGCAACUCCUGCAGCAGCAGAUAUCGACUUGAUAGACUCGCAUGUCUCGCCGCGCCAAGCACAACUGGCAUUUGAUGCACUAACCGCACAUGACAAGAAGCACCGAGCAUCGCAACAUGUGUCCGGUGGGAAGCGAAACCUUCUGGCUGCGGAUGAUGAUGUCGAAGAAGGCGAUGGGUUAGAUGGCGAUACGAGUGACAAGAAGCAGACGGUGUGGCUGCAGGUAACCGUGAAGCAGUUGAACCCCAAGAAGAUGGUCAAGCCAGUGAGAAUUCCACUUGAGCACCCUAUUUUCACUUCGGUCACCUCUAUCUGCCUGCUCACCAAAGACCCGCAGCGAGAGUACAAGGAUCUUCUCGUAGAACAGCAAAUCACUUCCAUUUCACGGGUCGUCGGAGUCAGCAAGCUCAAAGGGAAAUUCAAGCCUUUCGAUGCCCGCCGACAGCUGUUGCAAGACCACGACCUCUUCCUCGCGGACGAUCGAAUUGUCCCACUGUUACCCACUCUUCUGGGCAAGAAAUUCUUUGAUAGCAAGAAACAGCCCAUCUUGAUUGACAUCUCGAAGAAGAAGGCGGUGAAGGCUAACAUCGAAAAGGCGUUGUCAGGUACAUACUACAUCCAGAACCGAGGAACUAACACCGCAAUCAAGCUGGGCCAUCUGCGCUCGCACACGCCGAUGCAGCUGGUCGACAAUCUGCGCUCCGCGCUGCCGCACAUCGUCUCGCGUGUCCCCGGUAAAUGGAGCAACAUCCAAGCGCUCGAGGUCAAGCUGGGCGCCUCUGCCAGCUUGCCCAUUUGGAACUGCAAAGUCGGCGCUGGUGUCGGCGAGAUGGACGAGGAAGGGCGCUGGGCCGGCACAGAGGUGGUCAUGGAUGAUGCGCAAGACAUGGAGGCUGUGCUCGAUGCUGGUGCGCGCGCGAACGCCGGUCGCGGCGAGUCUGAGGGCGAGGGCGAGACGGAUGUGGUAAAAGCAGCACCUGAUGUAAAGGCGAAGAAAAGCGCGGCCAGGAAGGGCGGUAGCGCCGAUGCUGGCCUCAAGGAGAAGGAGAGCAAGGCGCGCAGCUCAGCGGCCGAUGGUGCUGUCACCCGCAAAGCAGCGGAGAAGGUACAGGUCGAUGCUGCCAAGGCUAAGGCCAAGGCCAAGGUGAAUGGCAAGGAAGGGAAAGCCAAGAAGGUCAAGGCUUGAUGUUCCUGACCGUCACUAGCAACUCAGCUGCGCUGCCGCAUCAGCUUCUAUCAUUGUACACUAGGACCGGUGAGACGACAAUUACACACUAGUUAUGCAU